AAUUUUCUUCUUUAAAACCAACCCUACUGCUUCUCCCUUUCGCAUCGAUCGAGGAAGUUACUGCAUCACUACGGACUACAUCAGAAUAAAAUCCUCAGCUCAGCUCAGACUACCCGACUAUCCGACUACCGGAAUCCCAGAAUGCCAUCUCGGUUUCGGUUAAUGAAAUCUAAUUUCGUUUCAAUUCUCAUUUUUACUUAGUGACUCUCCGCAUUCGUACGCACACACGUAGACGUAGACGUAUAGAAUCACAACACAAUCCAAGUGGAAUCGUUGUGUCGUGUCAAAGGAAAAGGAAAAGAAUUCUGUUCUGUGUUUAGUUUUGAGCUCAUUGAAAAAACGUCGGUAGUCAAUUUCGAAAUCAUUCUUUGAUUUUGGGCCUAAUCAUUAGGACACGGCAAAACGGUAGCUCGCGACCAACUUUUUUCGUGUGAAACUCUUUCGUGCCAAUGGACGUUUAGGUGUUCUGUUUAUGCCAGUGACAGUGUUUUUUAAAAGUGUUUCAUUCAAAAUACCAAUGGGAUAACAGUGAUUUCAAAGAAAAUAUUAAAUUGAAUUUUGAAUGCUUUUGGCUAUUGUGAAUUUAAUCUUCUUAAAAAUUGAAAAUAAAGCUUCCUUAAUGCUUAAUCGGUCGUGUUAACGAUACUUAUUGUCGUCUAUAAUUUCCAAAUCGUGCAAGUUCGAUAUCUCGUCAAUCUGGGUAGCCCGUAUUUGACUACAUCAGCUUCGGGCUCCGAAAGCCCCAAGUUGUCAAGGCCCGAACACCAUUUGAUAGGCGGUGGUGACCCCAAACAAUUUCAUUUGUCUCCCAGUUCUUCUUUCAAUUUUGGAGCAUUUCGAGCCCCGGUGGGAUUUCCUUUCGGAGCACAUCAAUUUUUUAACGGCAACAUUUAUCCCAACUUCCGGGAAGACAAUCCAGAAAACAACAAUCUGGAUUUGGUAAAUCCGUAUAUGCGUCACAAUAGUGGCGGAUACGCAGCAGUUGGGAACAAUCAUAGCCCACCAUUGCAUUCGGGGACUAACGGUUACAAUAAUUCGGACAAUUCACCGCAAGGCGAAUAUCUGCCGCAUCACACUUACGGAAAGCGAGAAACGAUUUUGGACUAUCACAACGCUUACAACAAUAACAACAACAAUAAUAACAAUCUCCCUAAUUCCUUGUUGAAAAAAUCACCUGACGAAACACCAUCAUCGCUUAAAUCCCGCUCCGAAGAGGAAAACGCCUCCACACCACCACCGCCUUUGUGUUCUGUUGAUAGCGCUUAUCGGGGAGAUUCUCUAACGUCAUCCCGACUGCAUUCGGAAAGUCCAACCGACUGCAAUCCGUACAGUAACAAUAACAACCGUAACAAUCGCAGCUACGAAAACUCCAGCCCCGUCGACAGCACUAAAUCAUUUUCCGUUGUCAGCCAUCGGAGUAGCGAAGAGGCCGGCAACAAUAGCGAAUCAAGAAGUCCCCCGCGCAGCGAUUACAGUCCGGAAAAUCUAUCGAACAAACGGUACGUUGGUUCCGGUACGAUGUUGGAUCAUAAAUUGCCUUUGAGUUUUUUGGGGCCGCCAUUGGCGGCGCUACAUUCUAUGACUGAAAUGAAAUCAGCCGUCGGUGGUAAGGGUGGAGGUGGUGGCGGCGGCGGACCCAUUAGUAGUGCCUUAGGGAACUCGAAUGGCUCCAAUGGCGGAUAUGGUAUGAGCAAUAGCCAUCAUCACACCUCGACCACACACACACAGGGUGCAGCGAAUCCGCAUGGAAUCGAUACGAUAUUGUCUAAACCGCCACCACCUGUGACGUCGGCGGGAUUAAGUGCUUUAACUGGAGGCGGAAUUCCUCGUUUCUCAAUAGCUGCUGCUGCUGCCGGUAUGGCGCAAUACCUGUCACAAAGUCAAGGAGCGCCUCUCAAGGCUCACGCUGGACACAUUGUGGACCGAACACAUCUGUAUUGGCCGGGACUUCAAGGUCUAGUGGCAAAUCCGAUGGCAUGGAGAGAACGACUAUCGAACACAAUGUCAGCAAAUCUAUCACAAUCACAUAAUCAUCAGCAUCAUCAUCAUCACCAGAGCACGGAUAAGGAUGGAAAAAAGAAACACACGCGACCCACGUUUAGUGGGCAGCAAAUAUUCGCCCUCGAAAAAACCUUCGAACAAACCAAGUAUCUGGCUGGACCAGAACGUGCCAAGUUAGCGUAUGCCUUAGGAAUGACUGAAUCACAAGUUAAGGUUUGGUUUCAAAACCGACGAACGAAGUGGCGCAAGAGGCAUGCAGCCGAAAUGGCUACCGCCAAACGGAAGCAAGAUGAUAUUAAUGAUGGCGGCGAUGCUGAUGGGGAUUGUAGUGAAACAAUUGACAGUGAUUCAGAAAGUUUGGACAUGGGUGAUCCGAACAGGAAACGAUGUCGAAUGGAGGAUGAGUUUCAUCAUAAUUAGUUACAAACUUUGAGGGUCUUCAAAAGGCUUAUUAAAGUAACCAUAUAAAUAUAUACAUAUAUAUAUAUAAAGAUACAUACAUAAAUACGCUCACAUACAUAUAAACACUACACACUCUCACACACACACAAACAAAACAAAACAGGAAUACACAUAAAAGCUUGUAUAUAUUAUAUAAUUUUUACUCUAACGUGUAUUUAGUUUUACUUUUAACUAUUAUAAUUAUUACAUAAUUCUAAAUAUUUAAUAAAAACAAAAUAAAAUGGAUACAAAUUUAUAGUUAUUAUAGAUUUAUUGUAGAGAUAUGGCGAUAAAAUGUUUUAAUAUUAUAAUAAUAAAAUUAAUUUAAA